AUGACUAGAAGAAGAGACAUUAGACCAGCGUCAGGAGAAGAAGAGACAUUGGACCAGCGUCAGGAGAAGAAGAGACAUUGGACCAGCGUCAGGAGAAGAAGAGACAUUGGACCAGCGUCAGGAGAAGAAGAGACAUUGGACCAGCGUCAGGAGAAGAAGAGACAUUGGACCAGCGUCAGGAGAAGAAGAGACAUUGGACCAGCGUCAGGAGAAGAAGAGACAUUGGACCAGCGUCAGGAGAAGAAGAGACAUUGGACCAGCGUCAGGAGAAGAAGAGACAUUGGAUCAGCGUCAGGAGAAGAAGAGACAUUGGACCAGCGUCAGGAGAAGAAGAGACAUUGGACCAGCGGCAGGAGAAGAAGAGACAUUGGACCAGCGUCAGGAGAAGAAGAGACAUUGGACCAGCGUCAGGAGAAGAAGAGACAUUGGACCAGCGUCAGGAGAAGAAGAGACAUUGGAUCAGCGUCAGGAGAAGAAGAGACAUUGGACCAGCGUCAGGAGAAGAAGAGACAUUGGACCAGCGGCAGGAGAAGAAGAGACAUUGGACCAGCGUCAGGAGAAGAAGAGACAUUGGACCAACGUCAGGAGAAGAAGAGACAUUGGACCAGCGUCAGGAGAAGAAGAGACAUUGGACCAACGUCAGGAGAAGAAGAGACAUUGGACCAGCGUCAGGAGAAGAAGAGACAUUGGACCAGCGUCAGGAGAAGAAGAGACAUUGGACCAGCGUCAGGAGAAGAAGAGACAUUGGACCAGCGUCAGGAGAAGAAGAGACAUUGGACCAGCGUCAGGAGAAGAAGAGACAUUGGACCAGCGUCAGGAGAAGAAGAGACAUUGGACCAACGUCAGGAGAAGAAGAGACAUUGGAUCAGCGUCAGGAGAAGAAGAGACAUUGGAUCAGCGUCAGGAGAAGACCACGACAAAACUCGUGCCAAUCUGCUCGUGAAGAUGCAAAGACAGAGGAAGAUCACUAAUAUGGGGGUGAAAUCUGGAAAACAAGGAGAAAACAAUGUUUCCACGCCUGCCGAUGCUAACAGUGAAGGAGUAAUGGCGGACCCCACGCCACCACCUGUUCUUGCGCCAGUACAGCCGGUCCAGCCUCUGGACGUUGAUAGUCUGGUGGAAAGGAUCACCGCAGAGGUAUUGAAAGCUUUGGAGGCCUCACUGGAUAAAAAAAUUGACCCUGUCCUACUAAAAUUGCAAACGUGCACGUCUGACAUUGCCUCGCUAGACACAAGAGUCUCCGGUGCAGAGCAGCGCAUAUCCGCGCAGGAAGACGUGACUGAGAGCCAUGAUGCUAAACUUUCUGAGAUGGAGCUGAAACUGGAGGCCGCACUUGAGAAGAUUGAUGAUUUGGAAAAUAGGGGCAGGCGCUGUAAUCUUAGGAUUGUUGGCCUUGAAGAAGGCAGCGAGGGUACAAACCCAGUGUACUUUUUUAAGUCAUGGCUGCCUGCGCUUGUCGGUGAGAGUGAUAAUUUCAAAGGAGGCGUUGUUAAGAUUGACCGCUGCCACCGCGCUCUCACCCGUCGCCCUCCCGCAGGACAAAGACCACGAGCGGUCAUCAUGAAGCUCCACAACUUCCAAGAUAAGGUCCGGAUCAUGCAAGCGGCCCGGAGGCUGAAGACCCUGAGUUACAAAGGUGCCUCCGUGAUGAUAUUUGAGGAUUUCUCUGCCGCUGUGGUGAAAAAGCGACAAGAAUUCACCGCAGUCAAGCGACGAUGCAGAGAGCAGGGUAUUGUAUUUGCUAUGCUGUACCCAGCUGUUUUGAGAAUCAGACAUCGCGGGGAGGAAAAGCUCUUCAGGCACCCGGCGGAUGCAACCGGCUUUCUGGACGGGCUGAUCGGUGUGAGGAUGCCAUCACCAGCCUCUUCUUAA